AUGGUCUCAGCUGGCACUCCUGAGCAUGAGCAUGAGCAUGAGCAUGAGCAAGUGAGAAGGCAGUUAUUGAGGUCAAUUGCGACUAUUAUAGACAUAAAAACCGUAUACUUUGUGAGAAGACGGUGGCCCCUGCAGCCUCGGAAGAUGAGACGUACUGCUUUGCCCGGGUUUAUUCAUAUUAUGGACGCUUUUAAAAUGGCCCUCUACGUACGCCCUGCUGUACGCAGCAUAAACUCCGGAAAUUACUCGUUUUCGAACGGUAAAUUCUCAGCGAGAGUUGCAAUGGUAACGGUGAGCAAGCUCCAGACAGGCAAAAGCCAAAAAAAAAUAACAAACCAAUUAGGCAAAUACAGAAAACUCAAAGAAGGGAAAAGGGAAAAAAAAAAGAAAAAUUAG